AGUCACCUUAAAUACAACGCGCAUCACUUUAAACCCAUCGUCUCAUUUUUCCUUCCGUUUUCAAAACUUCUCCAAGCAAAAAAAAAAACCCGACUCAGAUCUGAGGUGCUACCGUUGCUUAAUUAAUCAGCUCCGACCAGCCUGAUUUGAAUACGACUCAGAUCUGUUGCUUUAAAAAAGAAAUGGAUAAUUUGAUUUCCCUUGUGAACAAGAUUCAAAGGGCUUGUACGGCUCUCGGUGACCAUGGAGAAGCAAGCGCAUUACCUACUCUUUGGGAUUCACUUCCGGCGAUUGCCGUCGUCGGCGGUCAGAGUUCAGGGAAGUCUUCGGUGCUCGAAAGCAUAGUCGGCAAGGAUUUCUUACCUCGUGGAUCCGGAAUUGUUACUCGGAGACCUCUGGUGUUACAGCUUCACAAGAGUGAUGAAGGAAGCAGAGAAUAUGCUGAGUUUCUUCACCUUCCGAGAAAAAGAUUCACCGAUUUCGCUGCUGUUAGGAAGGAGAUUCAAGAUGAGACAGACAGAGAAACUGGCCGAAGCAAGCAAAUCUCAAGUGUUCCAAUUCAUCUUAGCAUAUAUUCUCCCAAUGUUGUCAAUUUGACUCUUAUUGAUCUUCCUGGUCUUACGAAGGUAGCAGUUGAGGGUCAGCCAGAAAGCAUUGUGCAAGAUAUCGAGAAUAUGGUUCACUCUUAUAUUGAGAAGCCCAACUGUAUAAUAUUAGCAAUUUCACCUGCUAAUCAAGAUCUCGCUACAUCUGAUGCAAUUAAAAUCUCACGAGAGGUGGACCCUACAGGGGAGAGGACACUUGGUGUCUUGACAAAGAUUGAUCUGAUGGAUAAGGGCACUGAUGCAGCCGAUAUAUUGGAAGGCAAAUCUUAUCGGCUGAAAUUCCCUUGGGUUGGUGUUGUGAAUCGCUCACAAGCAGAUAUUAACAAGAAUGUUGACAUGAUUGCUGCUCGUCGUAGAGAGCGUGAGUAUUUUGCUAGUACGCCCGAGUAUAGGCACCUUGCUAACAGAAUGGGUUCUGAGCAUCUUGCUAAGGUGCUCUCAAAGCAUUUGGAAACUGUGAUCAAGUCUAGAAUCCCUGGCAUUCAGUCCCUUAUUAAUAAAACAAUUACCGAACUUGAAACUGAAUUAAGCCGUCUUGGAAAGCCAGUUGCAGCUGAUGCGGGUGGGAAGUUGUAUACAAUCAUGGAGAUUUGCCGUCUUUUCGAUCAAAAUUUCAGAGAUCAUUUGGAUGGCGUGCGUACUGGUGGUGAUAAGGUUUACAAUGUUUUCGACAACCAACUUCCUGCUGCUUUGAAAAGGUUGCAAUUUGACAGGCAGCUAUCGAUGGAGAAUAUUAGGAAGCUCAUUACUGAAGCUGAUGGGUAUCAACCGCAUUUAAUAGCUCCUGAACAAGGAUAUCGUCGUUUGAUUGAAUCUACUUUAGUUACUAUCAGAGGUCCAGCUGAGGCUGCUGUUGAUGCUAUUCAUUCGAUUCUGAAGGAUCUCGUUCACAAGGCUAUCAGUGAAACUCCAGAAUUAAAGCAGUAUCCUGCACUCAGAGCAGAGGUUGGAAAUGCUGCGAUCGAGUCUCUUGAAAGAAUGAGGGAUCAGAGCAGAAAAGCAACACUUCAACUGGUUGAUAUGGAGUGUUGUUACCUUACAGUUGAAUUCUUCCGAAAGCUUCCACAAGAUGCGGAUAAGGGUGGCAGCGCUACACAGUCAAUUUUCGACCGAUACAAUGACUCCUACCUGAGGAGAAUCGGAACAACGGUUUUGUCUUACGUAAAUAUGGUCUGUGCUACUUUGCGCCACUCCAUUCCGAAGUCUAUCGUUUAUUGUCAAGUCCGUGAAGCGAAAAGAAGCCUGCUCGACUUUUACUACACGGAAUUGGGUAAACUGGAGCAAAAACGGUUAUCGAACUUAUUGAACGAGGAUCCGGCUGUCAUGGAACGACGAAGUGCUCUUGCAAAGAGACUGGAAUUAUACAGGAGUGCACAGGCGGAAAUCGAUACGGUGGCUUGGUCCAAGUAAGGUGAAAAUUAGAUGGAUUGGUGGGGAGGGGAUGGCUUUAAGGAUUGCAUUUCUGUUGAUUUUUCGUUAAGGCAAUAUAAUUUUACCAUAUUUGUGCAUUCUCUGUUUCUUUUAUAUUUGUAUAAUAUGCAAAAGGUUUGUCACUUUAUGGUUCAUGUGAUUAUCUUUUCAUCAA